UUCUCCUCCGCCACAGAUUCCGCUGUGCCGCUUUUAGGUUCAGGUUCUAUUGAAGGAUUAUUAUGCCUGUAGCCAGUAGGAUGGGUCUUACCUGUUGUGUUCUUCUGGCUUAUUUUGGUAUGAGCCGCGACGCGAUAUGCUCUAGGGGUUUCGAAGCAAGUGUAACCGGAGAAAACGCGCGGAAGGACAGGAAGAGAGGUCUGUCAACAUAACUAGCUACAGAAAUUUUAGGAGGCCUGCCCCCUCAUCCAAGCUCUAACGGAAUCUCGCCUUCGGCAGUGACUCACGAAGUAGUCGAGUUUUCAAGGCUGACAAAUAUGGGUUGUAUUGCUCUGUGAUUGAAAAAACGUCGAGUUUCCUCUGAUCUGUCUGCAGUCGGUCGAGAUGAGGGGGAAUUCUGUGCGUCUGUUGCUGGCUGUGCUGCUCCUGGCCGUGUCAGUUUCGGAAUGCGUCGAGAUAGUUGUGGGCGGCACAAAGGGGUGGACCACUGGGUUUGAUUACGAUGCCUGGGCUGCAAGCCAGAAUUUUCGACCACGAGUUGGGGAUUCUCUCGUUUUUCUUAACCCUGACUCGGAGUACCACACCGUCAGCCUCCUCGACUCCCUCGAUGCUUACCAAAGGUGUACCUUGGGAGGAAUACAACCUAAUGCUACCCACCCUGCAAGACCGGGGGAAAAUUACACGAUGAUAAUCCCAGAAUCCCUGUCAGGCAAAAUGCUCUAUGCUGUCUGCACUGUCUCGGGUCAUUGCUUGGAGGGUCAGAAGAUUUCGGCCACCGUACUACCUGCUGCCGUAGGAAUCCCUCUGUCAUCCCCACCGGCGUCACCGCCGGAAUUGAGUGACGCCGACAUGAAUCAAUACAUUUGCUGGACUACGGCCAUUCUGCUCAUCGUCGCUUGCUUCUGGAAUUCUGGCUGAGUGCAGCCGCGCCCACAGAACUUUCUCCAUUCCAUCAACUUGGUGAGUAAGUUUUACUCCCGGACUUCACGUGCAUUUGGAGAACAGUCCUCUAAACAUGAUUAUUUGUUGGAGGCAUUGAGGCUAUACAUGCAAGGAGCCGAAUCACCCCGACAAUGAUUUGGCGAGUGAGCCACUGAGAGACUGUUCUUGAUUUUUUUUCCCACUAUUUUUACACCCAAUAAACGCUCUUUGCGUGCCAAGGUCCUGCAGAUAAACAUGUGAAGUAGUCUCAUAAAAAGCUUAGACGCGGCCUUUGAGAGAUGAGCAGGCUUGUUUUUUUUAGGAAUCACGAAUUUGUUUACCAGCAAAGAGAUUAUGGGGACGUUACCCUUAACACAACACACUGUAAUGCUAACAUUCUCCAUUGAUUUGGAAUGGUUUCGGCCAUCACAUUCUUCAGCA